AUGCGAUCAAUUUCAUCUGUGGCCUUGAGCUUCUCUCUGGUGUCUGGCGCCUGUUCUCUGGCUGUCGCACCGAGACCUCAUCUCGCUCUGCGAAGCGAUGGGUCUGAUGAACCCCAGCUCAAGAUUCCUGGUCUGCCUUUGCCCAACGCCACCAAGUCUUACUGGCAGGAUCCUCCUCACAAAAUCGCAAACCUGCGCACCACCAAGGAAUUAACAACAUCAGACACUUUCGAUUAUGUGAUCAUCGGGUCGGGUAUUUCAGGUGCCGCAACAGCCCAUAAGCUGCUGGACCGUGAUCCAAGCUUGUCAAUCUUGAUGCUCGAGGCGCGUACGGCCGCUUCAGGUGCCAGCGGCCGCAACGGUGGCCACUGCAAGGCUGGUAAUUACAAUGGUGUCAAGGCCUGGGUAGACACUUACGGCGAGGACGAUGCCCUUCGUCUCAGCAAUAUGGAGCAGGAUUGCGUGGACGAUGUUCGUCAAUUUGUGCGCUCACAUAACGUCUCGAGCGACUUCACCGACGUCGAAACGGCGAGUUUGUAUUGGACAAAAGACUCUUUCGACAAGGCUGUUGAGUCGAUUGAGUUUCAGCACAAACUGGAGAAGCGCAGACCCAACGAUGUCCCGAACAACAAGAGGACUAUUAUGAAAGGACAGAAGGCUCGUGAUUACUGGAAAUGGCCCGAGAUUGUUGGUGCCGUGACCUUCAAAGCCCACACUCAAAAUCCCUACCUCACUGUUUGUGCCAUGCUAGAGCACAGUUUGGACAAAGGCCUCAACCUGCAGACCAACACCAUGGCUCUCAAUCUCAAUCAGCUCGGAAAGAAGGGCAAAGAUGGAGCCAAGUGGGAGGUCAAGACCAAUCGAGGCACCGUCAAAAGCAAGAAUGUUGUACUCGCCACCAACGGCUUCACCAACGCCCUGCAUCCUGGCAUUGCCAGCACUAACUUCACCAUGCCUGUCAGAAACCAAGUUGCCGCCGUUACACCCAAUGCUACAACAUCAGGAAAUCGCGUCUUUGAGCGAAGCAACAGCGUGCCUGAUUUACACAGCGGUAACGUCUACAUCGCCGCUCGACCUCCGGGCUCAAAGGAUGAGGGUACCGUCGUCAUCGGUGGUUCCACACAAAUGUCGCCUACAAGGGAGAGAUUUAUCACAGAUGAUACAUCGAUCAACGACCAGAUCGCCUACGUUUUGCACGGCGCAGCACGUACGGUAUACGGAUACAAGAACUGGGGCGAGUCAUCAACCGUCAUUCAGGACUGGACGGGCAUCGUCUGCGAAACUCCUGAUGAGUUCCCUCUGGUCGGUGAAGUUCCGGCUGAGGAUGGCUUGUGGGCAAUUGUUUGUAUGAAUGGGCACGGUAUGGCAUGGGCUUAUCGAAGUGCUGAGGCAUUGGUCGAUAUGAUGACGACUGGAAAGACGCCGAAAUGGUUCCCUGAGCAGUUUAGAGCACAACGGGCUUGGAAAGUCAAGGGCAACGACGAGCUAUGA